GAGACGAGGUCUUUCUGGCAGCACACGAGACAGCCAGGGUAACAGGUGUGUAGGACGCUAUUUUAUUACUUACCUGCCGCAGGUGACUAUGGUAGAAGUCUAACAAACUAACUGACGAACUGAAGCGAAACAAGUCACAGUUGAUAAAAUGAAUAACCCAAUCCCGUCCAACAUGAAGUCCGAGGCGAAGAAAGCUGCCAAGAUCCUCAGAGAGUUUACUGAGAUCUCCAACCGCACUGGGCCUGACAAACUCAUCCCAGCCAAUAUAUUAGCCAAGUGUCAGGGCCUGGCCAUCAUCACAGUGAUCAAGGCAGGCUUCAUGAUCACAGCUCGAGGCGGCAGCGGUAUAGUCAUCGCUAGACUGGCUGACGGACGUUGGUCUGCUCCCUCUGCCAUUGGUAUAGCUGGUCUGGGCGGUGGCUUUGAGAUUGGAGUUGAGGUAUCAGACCUGGUGGUGAUUCUGAUGCAGCGCAGGGCGGUGGAUUCUUUCUCUAAAGGAGGGAACCUCACUCUGGGGGGCAACUGUACUGUGGCGGUAGGACCGAUGGGGAGGAACGUGGAGGCUGAUGUAGCGCUACGUAGUACAGCAGCAGUGUUUACUUACUGUAAGUCCAGAGGCCUGUUUGCUGGAGUCUCUCUGGAGGGAUCCUGCCUCAUAGAACGCAAAGACACCAACCGCAAGUUCUACUCCCAGGACAUCCGUGCGUCGGCCAUAUUGAAUGGAGAUGUAGAACCUCCCCCAGAAGCUGAUGACCUGUACUGUGUCCUGGAGAGCUACACAGAUAAAUACACUACUGAGUGGACAGCCAAACACCUAGCGCAGAAGGCCAGUGGUCCUCCAGCUAGACCCCGAGCUCCUGCCACACAGAGACCUGCUAGCACAUACAGGACAGAGGCAGUGAAGCCCUCCCUCUAUCCAAGCGUCUCUGCUUUCAAAUCUGGCAGCACAGAAUCCUAUAAGAGAAGUCCAAGUAGCACAAGGACAAUCCAAAACGAUUACGGUGGGGUCGGGCCGUGGGACGCGGGGCCUGUAGUCGUCACGGCGGUACACCCGUUCACGGGGCAACAGCCUGGCGACCUGAGCUUCAACCCUGGCGACCGCAUCACUGUGGUUACCAAGACAGAGUCACAGUAUGACUGGUGGGAGGGAACGCUGAACGGACGGACCGGAAUCUUCCCCGCUAACUUCGUCUCCUACCCCUGAACACACACUCACACUCUCUCUCUCACACACAGGUCUGUCACACACAUGGACACUUAUAUUGCUGGGAGUAAUGUUUUCAACACACUACAUGGACACAUGAUGUCCCACACUCUGUAACACGAACACUCUCCACAAUGUUCAAGACUCACACUAACUGACUCUGAUUACUACAGUUCAGGGGAAGGUCUUCCUAUUGGACGGUAUGGGUAGUCACGCUGUCUUCCUAUUGGACGGUGUGGGUAGUCACGCUGUCUUCCUAUUGGACGGUAUGGGUAGCCACCCUGUCUUCCUAUUGGACGGUAUGGGUAGUCACGCUGUCUUCCUAUAGGACGGUAUGGGUAGUCACGCUGUCUUCCUAUUGGACGGUAUGGGUAGUCACGCUGUCUUCCUAUAGGGCGGUAUGGGUAGCCACGCUGUCUUCCUAUUGGACGGUAUGGGUAGCCACGCUGUCUUCCUAUUGGACGGUAUGGGUAGCCACGCUGUCUUCCUAUAGGACGGUAUGGGUAGCCACCCUGUCUUCCUAUAGGACGGUAUGGGUAGUCACGCUGUCUUCCUAUAGGACGGUAUGGGUAGUCACGCUGUCUUCCUAUUGGACGGUAUGGGUAGCCACCCUGUCUUCCUAUAGGACGGUAUGGGUAGCCACGCUGUCUUCCUAUAGGACGGUAUGGGUAGCCACCCUGUCUUCCUAUUGGACGGUAUGGGUAGUCACGCUGUCUUCCUAUUGGACGGUAUGGGUAGUCACGCUGUCUUCCUAUUGGACGGUAUGGGUAGUCACGCUGUCUUCCUAUUGGACGGUAUGGGUAGCCACCCUGUCUUCCUAUAGGACGGUAUGGGUAGCCACCCUGUCUUCCUAUUGGACGGUAUGGGUAGUCACGCUGUCUUCCUAUUGGACGGUAUGGGUAGCCACGCUGUCUUCCUAUUGGACGGUAUGGGUAGCCACCCUGUCUUCCUAUUGGACGGUAUGGGUAGUCACGCUGUCUUCCUAUUGGACGGUAUGGGUAGUCACGCUGUCUUCCUAUUGGACGGUAUGGGUAGUCACGCUGUCUUCCUAUUGGACGGUAUGGGUAGCCACCCUGUCUUCCUAUAGGACGGUAUGGGUAGCCACCCUGUCUUCCUAUAGGACGGUAUGGGUAGCCACCCUGUCUUCCUAUAGGACGGUAUGGGUAGCCACCCUGUCUUCCUAUAGGACGGUAUGGGUAGCCACCCUGUCUUCCUAUAGGACGGUAUGGGUAGCCACCCUGUCUUCCUAUUGGACGGUAUGGGUAGCCACGCUGUCUUCCUAUAGGACGGUAUGGGUAGUCACGCUGUCUUCCUAUUGGACGGUAUGGGUAGUCACGCUGUCUUCCUAUUGGACGGUAUGGGUAGUCACGCUGUCUUCCUAUUGGACGGUAUGGGUAGCCACGCUGUCUUCCUAUAGGACGGUAUGGGUAGCCACCCUGUCUUCCUAUAGGACGGUAUGGGUAGCCACCCUGUCUUCCUAUUGGACGGUAUGGGUAGCCACCCUGUCUUCCUAUAGGACGGUAUGGGUAGCCACCCUGUCUUCCUAUAGGACGGUAUGGGUAGCCACCCUGUCUUCCUAUAGGACGGUAUGGGUAGCCACCCUGUCUUCCUAUAGGACGGUAUGGGUAGCCACCCUGUCUUCCUAUAGGGCGGUAUGGGUAGUCACGCUGUCUUCCUAUAGGACGGUAUGGGUAGCCACCCUGUCUUCCUAUUGGACGGUAUGGGUAGUCACGCUGUUUCCUAUUGGACGGUAUGGGUAGCCGCGCUGUCUUCCUAUAGGACGGUAUGGGUAGCCACGCUGUCUUCCUAUAGGACGGUAUGGGUAGCCACGCUGUCUUCCUAUAGGACGGUAUGGGUAGUCACGCUGUCUUCCUAUUGGACGGUAUGGGUAGUCACGCUGUCUUCCUAUUGGACGGUAUGGGUAGCCACGCUGUCUUCCUAUAGGACGGUAUGGGUAGCCACCCUGUCUUCCUAUAGGACGGUAUGGGUAGCCACCCUGUCUUCCUAUUGGACGGUAUGGGUAGCCACGCUGUCUUCCUAUAGGACGGUAUGGGUAGCCACGCUGUCUUCCUAUAGGACGGUAUGGGUAGCCACGCUGUCUUCCUAUUGGACGGUAUGGGUAGCCACGCUGUCUUCCUAUAGGACCGUUCCUACCUGAACUUUACUCUGUGGCUCGCUAUAGUCCAGUUCAUUAAGGUCAGCCUGCUUCUGAAACCGUUCAAAACAGGGAGGGACCUACCUGAAUUUGUCCAAUAGAAACUCUUGUUUUCAUUGCAAAACCGUUUUUCUACAGUGUUUUGAUUAAUGAAUGUUAAUGAUGUUACCAGCCAGCUCUGUUCACUUCUAGAGACCCGAACCACGCUGGGAAGGGUGAUGUAGAAAGACUAUAUCCGAGCCAGUGCAGUGCAGUUUGGGUCGGCAAGAUGGUGUGAAUAAGGUACCAGUUUUAGAGCAUUGAACAGAGGAAAGCUACAGAACGGUGCUGUUAAUCUGUUAUAUUCUCACUCGUUAUAUUAUAUGCUGUACGGCAAGUCACAAAUUGGCUUGGCAAGGGUGUUUGGCAUUAUAUUACAAUGAAGUCGAUAGAUCAUUUUAUUUGUUUUGUUUCUAUUAAAAUGCAUUAUAGAUCAUCUGUACCUGCCGGUUAUUUUAUGCUCUGUAGUUUCUGGGAUUAUGUGCAGUAUUUUACAUUUUACUCCGUACUGCCGUUUUUGUAUGAUGCUGGAUCAAAAGUAUUUAAUAUAAAAUAAUCUGUUUUAUCUUAACAUCUGUAUGUAAUGAUAGUUUGUACGGAUUUCUCUCUGAAUGUGUGUGUGGAUAUGUAUUAAAGAACCUUGUCUGUAA